UCGCCAUGCCGUGGCGCAGGCCGAGCUUGCGCAUCUUCUCCACGGCCCACGGCCAGCUCUCCGUCGUCGUCACAGACUGCUCUGGCGAUGCCGCUGCGCCCGGGACUGCGGCCGCGCCAGAGCCUCAGGAAGCCGUCGAGAACGGGAAACCGCCUUUCCUAUACAACGAUGGCCUGCCGCUGCCCAGCAAGAAGUUCUCCACGGCGACGGGCAGCAGCGCCUUCUACGAGAAGCAGCAGCACCCGCUCGACGACCUGCAGAGGUCGUGGUGGUUCCUGCUGUUCAAGCGGUGCCACCAGAAGGAGACGACGCCGUCGUGGCAGCCCGCCUUCUGGCCGCGGCUGUGCCCGCCGCCCAUCUGCCCGUCCUACCGCCGCUUCGCGCGCGUCGUCGCCCUUGUCAUCAUCCUGCUGCUCUGCUGGGUCGUCACCUUCGCUGUCGUUGGACACGACGCCGGCCCCGGUGGUCAGCUGUUCAAGCUGGCGCUGCUGACGCUGACGGCGCACGUUGGCGGCUGGUUGGCCACGCUGCUGAUGCUGCCCUCGCUGCUCGGCAUGCUGCUCGUUGGAAUCGCCUUCCAGAACCUCGGUGUCAUCGACAUCACCGGGCCCUACGUAGAAGUCUGCUCCGUGCUCAGACGCAUCGCGCUGGUGAUCAUCCUGAUCCGAGCCGGCCUCGACCUGGACCCGGGUGCCCUGCGGCGGCUGGCGGUGCACGUGCUCAAGCUGGGGCUGGUGCCAUGGCUGGCGGAGUGCGCAGUCAUCACCGUCAUGGCGCACUUCCUGCUCGGCAUGCCCUGGAUCUGGGGUUUCCUGUUGGGGUCGGUGGUGGCGGCGGUGUCGCCGGCGGUGAUCGUGCCCGGGCUGCUGCGGCUGCGCGCCAAGGGCUACGGCGUUAGCAAGGGCAUCCCCACUGUCAUCAUCGCCAUCUCCGGCAUCGACGACGCCACCUCCGUCGCCGUCUUCGGCGUCGUCCAGAGCAUCAUGUUCUCCCAGAAUAGUCUGGCGUAUCAGAUUGCGCAGGGCCCGGUGUCUGUUUUCGGCGGCAUCGGCUUCGGUAUCGUCUGGGGAAUUCUCGCCAAGUACAUCCCCGAGAAAGACGAUCCGUACGUGAUCCCGCUGCGGGUGCUGAUGCUGCUGGGCGGAGGCAUGCUUGCCGUUUUCGGCAGCGAGACCAUCGGCUUCGACGGCGCGGGGCCGCUGGGCUGCGUCUCUGCAGCCUUCGUGUCCUGCGUCUCCUGGAGCAGCCAGGGGCUCGACGUAGAGGACAAUCCAGUGGCCACAGCGUUCGAAAUAUUUUGGAUGAUCUGUGAGCCAAUUCUGUUUGGAAUAACAGGCACUCAGAUAAAAUUCAACGAUUUGGACGGAGACGUUGUAUCCUUUUCCCUGGCCUGUCUCAUCACGGCAAUAGUGUUAAGACUGUUGAUCACGGUUGUGGUGGGGAUUGGCAGUAGACUGAACCUGAGAGAGAAGAUUUUCGUGGCUUUGGCAUGUAUGGCCAAGGCGACGGUGCAGGCGGCGCUGUGCUCGCAGCCUCUGGAGAAGGUGAAGGAGACUGGCGGCACGGAGGAGGAGCUGACGUGGGGGCAGCUGAUGCAGACGACGUGCGUGCUGUCCAUCCUGCUGACGGCGCCGCUGGGCGCCGUGCUCAUCAUGCUGUCCGGGCCGCGCCUGCUGCGCCGCCUCGCCACGCCGCCGCCAGAGGGCUGGAGGCGCAGCGCGCGGCCCUCGCUGCGCGACAUCUCCAUCAUCGACGAGGAGGAGGCAGCCGAGAACGACGCAGACGCUGUCAGCGAGCUGGGCUCCACCACCGGCUCGCCCCGGCACGACACGUAG